GCCACAACCAACUCAGCUCUUCACCUUCAAAUCCUCUUUGAAGUCUUUUCUUUGGAUAACUAAUCAAGUUUCCACAAAAACCCCUCAAGCUUUUCUUCUCAACUCUAUGACCAAUGGGUUUCCGUUUGCCUGCUGCUAUUUCUAAGCUAAUUCUUCAUAAGGCAACUUCAGCAUCUUUAGAGGCACCAAAAGGGUUCUUCCCAGUUUAUGUUGGAGAUGAAAGGAAAAGAUUUUUGGUUCCAAUUUCCUAUUUAAGUCACCUUGCAUUUCAAGUGUUGCUAAGGAAAGUAGAAGAAGAGUUCGGUUUCAAUCAUCCCACAGGUGGUUUGACAAUUCCUUGUGACGAGGAAGCUUUCCUUAAUGUCACUUCUCAGCUGAAUAUAUCAUAGAAGAGAAGACAUUUUUUCCUUGAACAAAAAUCAGCAAUCCAAAAAUACCAGAAGGAUACUUACCUGUUCAGAUUGGCAGAAACCGGAAAGAAGAAAGAGUUCAAGCUUUCACAGCCACCGAAGAAAUCGUCAUUGAGAUUUUCUUGUUAACUUUGAGCAUUAGGAAGAAAGUGCUAACAUGAUGGCUAUUCCUAGGAAUAUAGAAAUUAAAACCAAUGAAAAUAGUGACUGUCUUUUUUUCAAUCUUAACUCUUGGGUUGUUUAAUGAACUCUUGUAUGAGAAUUUUUAGGCAAAUCUUUCCAUCUGAAGAAAGUGAUAUAUUUCUUCCCUUCAUUUCUUUUGUCAUUGAUCUCCAUGUAAUUCAAGAACCUUCAACGCCAGAACAGAAAAUUCCU